GAGCUCGCGGCGGCCGUCCUGGAGGGCUACGCACCCGCGGCGGGCGCCGCGCACGUGGCCGUGGUGGCCAUGGGCGCCACGGCGACCAGGGCCGCGGGCCUCGAGUCGGACGAGGACACGAUCGCCGCCAGCAUCAGCGGCCUGACGUGGAGCGAGGGCGCCAGCAUGCUGGGCAGCAGCCUGGCCCUCGCCAACACGGUGCUGCGUCAGGACGGCAGGCGGAGCGCCUUCGCGACCGUGGUGGUGCUCGCUGCGGGCAUGGUGGCGGACCCCUACGAGGCCGAGCAGGCCAGGCGGCUGCUGGAGCGGCGGGGCGCCAAGGUGAUCUUCGCGGUGGUCGGCUCGGACGAAGUCAACCCGACGUUCCUCGCGAGGUUCGCGUCCGAGCCGUCGAGCGCAAAUCUGAUAUACGUCCCGCUCGACUCCACCACCGACCUGGCCGACGCGGCCAGCAAGGUCGUCGCCAGCACCUGCUCGGCCGUGGCCGCGACCUGA